GCGCGCACCCGCUCCACUGCCGCGCUCUCGAGCUUUGCUUCUCCGUCGCGCUCGACAGGCUGCCCGCCAUGGCGGCCGGCGCCAAGGCCGGCGGGGCGGCUCAAGCGCCUCCCGUGUCCAACGCGCUCGUCGCGGCGCUCAAGCGCGCGCAGGCCCAGCAGCGCCGGGGCUGCCCGGAGGCGGCGCAGCAGCCGCUCCUCGCCGUCAAGGUCGAGCUGGAGCAGCUCGUGCUCUCCAUCCUCGAUGAUCCCUCCGUCAGCCGCGUCAUGCGCGAGGCCUCCUUCUCCUCCGCCGCCGUCAAGAACACCAUCGAGCAGUCCCUCACAUCGCCCUCGCCGUCCUCUUCCGCCGCCGCGUCUAGCCCCGCCACCACGCCAACCCCGUUCUCCCCGUCCCCUUCCCCUCUCCCGCGCGCCGGCACCGCCAGCGCCUACCUCAACCCUCGCCUCGCGGCCGCCGCCUCUGGGGACGACGCGCAUAAGGUGCUCGACGUCAUGCUCAAGCCGGCGCGCCGCAACCCAGUGAUCGUUGGGGACGCCGGCCCGGACGCGAUUCUCAAGGAGGCAAUCCGGAGAAUCCCAACGGCCAGCUCGCCUGCCCUUGCUGCGGCCAAGAUCCUGCGCCUGGAGGCCGACCUCGCUAAACUCGCCGGAGACAAGGCGGCCAUGGCUGACAGGAUCGUCGACCUAGGCGCCGUCGUCGAGAGGCUAGUCGGUGACCACGGCGGGGUGGUUCUUGACCUCGGGGACCUCAAGUGGCUCGUCCAAGGCCCCGCCGCACCCUCGUCGGAAGGGGGCAAGGCGGCCGUUGCUGAGAUGGGCCGUCUGCUCAGGCGUUUCGGUCGCGGCCUUGUGUGGGCCGUCGCCACGGCGGCGUGCGCCACGUACCUCCGAUGCAAGAUCUAUUACCCCGGGAUAGAGGAUGAAUGGGAUCUCCAUGUCGUGCCCAUCGCCCGCACCACGCCGCCGUGUCUUGGGGGACCUGCUCUCAUCAGGCCUGGAGGUAGUGCAAUUCUCAGCAACUCGAUGGGGAUGUUGUCACCGAUGCCCCGGCCUGCGCCAGUGAUACCCACACCUCUCCAAUGGCGGCCAGGGGGUGACCAUACCCCAAUGUGCAUGCUUUGCAAGGAUGGUUAUGAGCGCGAGCUCGCCAAACUUACAGCAGAGCGAACGGACAAGCCAGUAUCCGGCCCUCAGGCUACAAACCCUGGUUUGCCACACUGGCUGCAACGCACUAGUGAUCAAAAUCAGUCCAAGGCACAAGAGUUGAAAUGGAAGAGGAGCAAGGAUGAACUUGAGAAGAAGUGGCGUGAAACGUGUGCCCGCGUCCAUUCGACCCGUGCUGGAGCACCAGCACUCUCUGUGCCAUCGAUCCCGCUCGGUCCACGCCCACGUGUCGAGCCCAAAUUGGCAAUUGCAAGGAGUGCUGCCGUUCCCACUCUUAAGAUGAACACCAAUUGGGAGAAGCCAGCAGCCACUCCGACACUUGAGCUCCACAAGAGCCCACCAGGAAGCCCAGUGAAAACAGACCUUAUGCUUGGUCGCUUGGACCCUGCCUUUAAUCCUACUGUGGAGAAUGAACAGAAGGAAAAUUACGAGGGCCUAACUGCCAUGCAGAAGGCUAAGAUAGCUGGAAUUUCGGAUAUUGAUUCCUUCAAGAGGCUCCUCAAAGGGCUAACAGAGAAGGUUAGCUGGCAGUCUGAUGCAGCUGCAGCCAUCGCUGCUGUUGUGAUACAAUGCAGAUCUGGAAGUGAUAAGCGUCGGACCCUUCGAACAAGAGGUGACAUGUGGCUCAUGUUUGUUGGCCCUGAUCAGGCAGGUAAGCGGAAGAUGGUGAACGCACUGUCUGGGUUGAUGGUGAACGCAAGACCAGUGAUUGUGAACUUUGGUGGUGACUCCCAGUUGAACAUGGGUUUCUGGGGGAAGACUGCGCUCGAUCGGGUUACUGAGGCAGUUCGGCAGAACCCAUUCUCAGUAAUUGUUCUUGAAGGCAUUGAUCAAUUGGACAUAGUUGUUCGUGGAAAGAUCAAGCGGGCAAUGGAGACAGGCCGUCUUCCGGACUCUCGUGGCCGUGAGGUCAACCUUGGCAAUGUCAUCUUUGUUCUUACUACCAACUGGGUACCCGAGGAAAUUAAAGGGCCAAACAUCGAGACUUUGCUCCAAGGUGAAGGAAGGAUGCUGGAGAUAUCAAGCUCUAAUUGGCAGCUAGAACUCUCUAUUGGGGACAAGCAGGUCAAGCACCGAGCAGAUUGGCUCUGUGAUGAUGCUCGCCCUUCAAAGGUAGCAAAAGAAUUGUCCAGUGGUCAUGGUCUGUCUCUUGACCUCAAUUUGGCAGUUGGUGCCUUGGAUGACACUGAGAGCUCGCAUAAUUCCAGCGAUCUCUCUGUGGAGCAAGAGCAAGAGAAAGGGCAGCUUGCAGUCCUGUGCUCAACGCCGGCUCCUGACUGCGAUCUAUUGCAACUCGUUGAUGAUGCCAUUGUGUUUCGCCCAGUCGACUUUGGUCCAUUUAGGAAGAUUAUUACAGAUUGCAUAUCAGCGAAAUUCGAGUCGGUCAUGGGGAGCAGCAACUCAUUCAGAAUCGAUGAAGAUGUCAUUGACCGCAUGGUUAGCAGCGUCUGGCUCGCCGAGGAGAAGAUUGAUGACUGGGCCGGUAAAGUACUUGUGCCAAGCAUUGAGCGAUUGUGGCACAAUGUGAAGCAUGAUAAUGCGCGCACUGUCGUCCGUCUCGCAUCAGUUGUGGAUAAGGCAUCGCCAAGGUGGGGUGGGGGGAAGGAAGGGCUACCGGCGGCAGUAACGAUCGCCAUCGAUGGCAUGUAGAGGGCAUUGGAGAAAGUAAAUUCUUUGUACGGUAGAUAUGUAAAUAUUUGGGGCAACUCUCUUGUUAUAAGCUUGACGGAGGUAAACCUCCUGAAGUACAUAGGAGGAGAGGGGGAGUGAAUAUCCUUUGACUACCAAAUAGGCAGGAGGUUAUAGAUCUUAUGACACCCAAAUGUGGUUAUAGUUUUGAUAAUAUUUAUAGCUAUGGUCCUUGGAACUAAAAAUGGAUAUGUUCUUUUCCUCUUCCUAUUGUUAUGAGGGUGGACAAUUUAGAGAGAGUAAAUACUGAUACUUGAUA